AUGUUUAAUACACAAGAGACUUUUUUAUGUGGUGAUCGAAUAAAUGAACAAAAUUCAAAUUCACAAACUUUUGUCUCUCAAGCGCCUGGUCUAUCAAAUGCAUGUGGUGAAAAUACAGAAACACAAACUCAUAAUUCAACUAUCGGCCGUACUCCUCCGGCUACACAAAAUGAUGUUUUUGAUUCUAAUUGGGAAAGAUCCUUCGGGUUUCACCCUCCUGGUGGUUUAAAUUUAUGCGAAAGAAAUUCUUUGCUUAUUUCGCGAGUAAAACUCCCAUCAACAUAUAAACCAGAGGAAGAUGAGGAAAAAUGUCCCAUAUGCAUUGAGGGUUUUUUAACUGGUCAAAGUGUAAUUUUUUUACCUUGCUGCCAUAAGAUCCACAAAGCCUGUUUUUGGAAGUUAUCUAAAGAUUAUAGAUGUUGUUCUAUAUGCAAAAUGGAUAUGUCUAAAGGAAUUUAUUAUAGGAAUUAGUUUUUAAUUGGCUGUCUUGUUGUCCAAAUAUAAAACUAUGUAAUAUAAAGCCAUAUGACGAUAUAAUUUAAAACUUAUAUUUGGACAACAUUUUUUGAUAAAAAUUUCAGAAAUUUAAUUCCGAAUCUUAAAACCACUUUAAAAUGUUGUCCAAAUAUAAAACUUAUUAUACAAAUAUAAAACAUGUAAAAUAAUAUAAAACUUAUAUUGGGACAACAUUUUCUGGUACUUAUAGGGUUUUGGUCCGCUGGAAAAAAUUCUAUCUUUUCCUUAAUUCUAAUGUUUGAUGAUAUUGGAGAAAAAUUAUUUUUCCUUGAUUAAUGUCUAUAAUUUGAAUUUGCCACAGGAAGUAUAGUGAAAAUGAGGAAGGGAAAAUGCCGAACAUUAU